CUAAUUGCGCGCAGGCAAAAGCCAAAGCCGGCGGGAUACGAUCGAUGGGUAAUUUUAUUCUUCACGUUGCCGUCGUUUGGACGCUGCUGCUUUUGGCCGGCCGUGGGACCAAUGCUGCCCGGGUGAGAUUCCAUAGGUCCAGCAGCGAAACUAGUUUGUUGGAGGUUCAAGGAUUGCUCGGCCAGGUUUCACCAUCACUCCAUACUGAAUCUAGCUCCGUGAUGAUAAGCUAUCUUGCGGACCACCUGACAAAAGCAUCAGAUCAGGGUUACUAUGAUUUCGUCGCCACGAUGGACGUGUACGGCUUCAACCUGAGCACUGAGCAGUCCACUUCGGCCUCUGUUCACCUCUUCGACACGGUGAACGGCGCGGAGGCCAGCCUGAACGUAAUUCAGAUCGGCUGGGAGGUUGACCCCAAGAAGUACGGCGAUUCACACACCCAUCUAGGUGUUCUGUGGACGGCGGAUGGAUUUCAGAAAACCGGUUGCCGUAAUGCCGAUUGCGCUGUAGGUUUUCAGCCGGAGAAGGGUGCACCCAUAGCUCCAGGAGGCGUGAUUAAGCCUGUCUCCCAGCCCAUGGGACUCAGACAGACCAUCACAGUUAAAAUUAUUAAGGAGGGCAUAAUGGGAGACUGGCUUGUGUAUUACGGGCUGAAUGAGGAGAACCUCACCUUGCUUGUACGUUUUCCUAAAUCACUAUUUAAUGGAGGGAUGGCCAAUCGAGCGGCAGGCAUCCAGUUUGGUGGACAAGUUUUAAGCCCGGCGACAGCUUUGGCUCCGAUGGGGAGUGGCUAUCGCCCCAUGGUUGAUGUGAUGGCCUCCGCUUCGAUGAGCAAUAUCCAGUUGAUUGACCAAAACGGACGUGCCUCACCAAUGACAGACAACUCGCUCAUAUACAUGAGUGAUUCACAUGUCUAUCCCGCCACUCCCAUUGUAAAGGGGCAAUUUUUCUAUGGGGGGCCCAUGAAACCAUCCAACUUACCCGAUUGGGGGCGUGGCUUGCCUCGUGCCACCUCGUUUCUAGGAAACCAGUGGUGGUUUGUCACUCUGUUAGUGGGAUAUUGUUUGAUAGUACAUUAGUGUUGUUGUAAGAAAAGAAUAUACCCGUGAACCAACCUAUGGUUGAAUGGUUAGGACGACAAUGAUACCUCCAGCCCAUCAGGGUUCAAGUCCUGGUGCUCGCAUUUUCUGGAUUUAUUUCAGGAUUUUCGGCAAUGCGCGUUCAAUGGGAGAAAACAUUCCCGUUGACUAUGCGGCGCGUGUGGCGACUUCGUCAACCUCAAAAUGAUCGAUAUACCGGUUCAGGUUAUCGGAGGUACUCAUAGGGUAGGGUGUGCGUCUGUUUUCAUAGAGGUGAGUGUACAAAUGUAUAUAGGAGUAUCUAUGUAAAUAAAAGAAUAUACUAUUGACGAUUACU